AUGGAUUCCUUAGUUCUUCUAGUGCUUCUUCCAGCUAUUUCUAUUAUAUUCGAAUGUUGUGGGAAGAAAAAGAGAAAAGAGAAAUCGACAACGCCUUCAAAAGAAAUUAAAGAUUCUCCAGUGACUCCUGCUUCUCCUGAAAUAAUUCAAAAACCAGAUGAAAUGGCAAAGGAUAAAACGAAAUCAAUGAAAUCAGAGAAAAACUCGGAGAAGAAAACAAAAUCAGAAGAUAAGAAGAGCAAUGAUAAAGAUGUGGAAAAAGGAAACAAAACGAAAUCAGAAAAGGAAAAGAAAACAGAAGAAGAAAAGAAGAGUGAAAAAAAGACAAAAGAUAACGAGGAUAAGGAAAAAGAGAAGAAAAAUGAACCUAAGAAGAACGACGAAAAGCAAGCCGUUAUCAGUGAUCCAAUAGUAACUCCUGAAACUGAUGAAUAUCCAACACUUGAAGACGAUGUUGAACAAUCGAAGAAUAAGGUCAAAACAGCCAAAGAAAUAGAUAAAAAGUAG